AUGGAGAAAGAGAAGGAUUUAAAACUAAAACAACAUAAUAAAUAUAUUGGUGAUUAUAUAAAAUAUUAUAAAAAUGCCAAUACAACAACUACUACAACAACCACAACGACUAGUCGGAACAACAAUAGUUAUGCAGGAUACAAGAGUGAUUUAGAUACUUUGAAAGAGUAUCAUCAGUUUAUUAGAGAUGAGGAUGAAGAUGAAGAUAAAGACACUGAUUCACAACAUAACAGUUGGGAAAGACGACUUGCAAAGAAAUACUAUGAUAGAUUAUUCAAGGAGUAUGCAAUCAUCGACCUAUCACGAUAUGAAACCGGUCAGGUUGGAAUGCGUUGGAGAACAGAGUCUGAGGUAUUCAGUGGUAAAGGUCAGCUGAGAGCAGUGAAGAAAAGACUGCAUUGGUCAAAGUGGUACUGUGUCACCAGUGUUCAAAGUUGCUCAACUACACCAACAUCAAAAAGAAAAAGAGAGAACUUAAAAAGUUGA